AUGGCGACCCUCGAGGACGCCGUCCGCUUCGACCGCGAGCUGCGGCCGCGCGCCUUGCCCGCGCUCCUCGGCGACUUCGGCCUCGGCCACCUCACGCACAAGCUGCAGGCGGCUGAUUUAGACUUGCCGUCGGCGAAGCUACUCCAAAAGCACGACCUCGUCGAGCUGGGCAUCCACGGCGAUAGUGAUAGGGAAGCGUUCUUGGAGCUGCUGAAGACGAGGGACGUCGGCGUCGUGGUGUGGUACCGCGAAGACCGGGGCAUCGGCUUCGUGCGGCCGCUGGGGACGGAUUUUGACGACGGGCUGUCGAACGUCUUCGUGGCCAGGGCGGAUAUCGUCCGAGGCGCCAAAUCUCUGAGGAGCGGCGUCUUCGUGUCCUACGUCGCCGACGCGGCGGACGGCGGUCCUAAUGCUGUUGCCCGAGACUUACGCACAUUGGGAACGCAAGUACCAUCACAACCUUCCGGGACCAAGGCGGCGGACUGGCGCUGCCCGUGCGGCGAGGUCAAUUUCUCGCGGCGGUCGAGUUGUCGGCGGUGCGACGCUCCUAGGGUGGAGGGCGGGCCGGCGCUCUCGAAGACCGUGUUUGUUGGUUCAUUAGGACCAGAAACUAAAGCCCCGGCCAUCAAGCGCCACUUCGAAAGAGUUGUGGGCAAGGUUGUCGACUGCUCCGUCGUCCCGGGCAAGUAUUAUGGCUUCGUGACGUUCGAGACGGCGCAGCUGGCCGAAAAGGCUCUUGGGAAGCAUGAUGUGGAUGGGAGAUUGUUAACGGUGAAGAAAGACACGCGGCCGCGGGACCCGAAGGGGUUGAGUGGUCUACCGCGCUCGCGAGAGGCGUCGGUGGACUACACGCCGCCGCCGCCGCCGCCCCCUCCAAGGCCGAAAGUGGAUAUCGGCCCGCCGCCCGAGAACGCCUGGGGCGGUCCUCCCCGACAGUCACAGCCGCGGACUCUAGGACGGUCCGAGCUCGUUGACGACGCGGCGCUGCGGGGUUUCGCGGACUUGAUCGCGCGCGACGCGGGCGUGCCGUCGAACAACAACGGCUUGAACGGCGGCACGCUGCCCGGCUGGGGCGCGGCGCCGGGCUUUGGGAGUGCGAGGGAGGAAGCUAGACCGUCGCUCGUCGACGCCCUGGGCGGCGUCGAGCUCGCGCCGGCGCCGGCGUCGGCGGGCUUCUUCGGGAACGGGCUCGGCGGGCUGAACGCGCUGGCCGCCGCGCCGGCGCCGCCGCCCGGCAUGGCUCAACCUCCUGUAGAUUCUCGAUCUUUGCAGGAAAAGAUGCAGGACGCGAUCAAGCGCCAGGACCGCGAGGCGAUCCGCGCCUUGAUGGCCGGCCGCGAUAUUGGGGAGGACGAGGCCGAAAAGCGACGCAAGGAGGAGCUGGAGCGGCGCGAAAAUGCUUUACGGGAAGCGGAAAAUCAAAGGCGGCGCCAGGAGGCCGAAGAGUUACAAAGGCGCCAAGCCGCGGAGCGCGAGGCGCAACUGCGCGCCGCGGAACAGGCCGCGCGCGAGGCGGCGCUGCGCGAAGCUCGCGAGCAGCGCGAGGCGGCUUUACGCGCGCGGGAAGCCGAGGCCGCGCGCCUCGAGCAGACCGCGCGCGACGAGGCGGCGUCGUUAGCGCUCGCGCGGCGCAUGCUCGCCGACGACGAGGCGGCCCUGCAAGCGCGGGCGAACGCGCCGUCACAGCCCUUCGCGACCGUGUCAAACGUCAGAGCGCCGCAGAAGCUGCCCUCGACCAAAAACGAAAAGGGCUCGGCCUACGAUCCAACGCCGUCGGCGCCGGAAGUGAAAAGACGCGUCGACGCCUUUCUACGGGCGAAGAACAUUGAUUCGAGAGCGUGUGCCAAAAUGCGCGGCCUCAAGGCGAGCGACCAGAUCCGACUCCUCAGAAGGUUGGAGGCGCGACCGGUCGAUAGCGCCGUCGUCAUGGCCGCGGCGACGCGGGGCGACGACUUCGCGGCGACGGCGGCCGAACUGGACGUCUUGCCUUCGCUCGCUCUGCGCAAGUCCGCCGAUAGACUCGCUUUGACGUCUGCUGCUGUUGCUUUACUCGCGACGCUCGCCCCGAAGGACCAGGACCGGGUCGCGGCGUCCUUCGACUCGCCCAAUGGAUUGCGCGGUCUCCGGAACGUCGAGGGCUUCGUGCGGGCCUGCUUCGUGGGCGACAAGCAAAUUAAGAACCGGGCCGCAUCCGCCGCGGCGCGCUUGAUCGCCGCGGGCGGGCCGCCGCCCCGUCGGGAGGAGAAGGCUUCUGUUACAGUCACGAAGACGGCGGACACGUCCCCCGAGUCCGUCGCGCCGACGCUGAAAGCGCUGCGCGCGUGGCUCGGGACACGACCGGAAGGUAGAAUGCGCUCGGGCGAGAUCGACCGCUUCUUCAAUGCUCAUAGGGGACUACCAAAACCUAGAGGCAUCAAGUGGCUCGACCAGUACCUCAAGCAGUACGGCAUGCGCAAGCGCGAUUCCGGAAAUAGAAGCUACUUCUUCAUCGAGGUCGCGGACGGCUCGGCGCAGUGACAAUUCAGCACCCUUAUCGGAUAUUAGUGUACUAAUGAAUAC